AUGCACUACUCAUCGGUGCACACUCAAGAACCCUUACCAGUGAAAUCGAAAUUCGACUCUGAAUGGCGGCGUUUCUCCCUGUCGAACAACGACGGCCAGUUGACCUACAAACAAUUUAGGACUCUAGUCGAGGGCCUCCACGGCCUACACAACACUCCAUUCACACUUUGCUACACGUCGCAACAUGGCGAUCUACUACCAAUAACAAAUGACGAUAAUUUCAAAAAAUCCUUCGAAUCGGCGCGGCCGGUGCUCAAGCUGCUGAUACAGCGGAAGGGCGAGAGUUGGGAGGAGAAGUAUGGAUACGGGACGGAUACGGUGGAUCGGCGGAGGAAGGGUAUUUCGUCGUUGCUGACGCAAAAGAGCGUGAAGCGAAAUUACAAUAUCUCAAAUCCAGAAGAUUUUCGGCAGGUGUCGUCGAUCAUUGACGUUCACAUCGUCCCCGAGACGCACCGACGUGUUCGCCUCUGCAAGCACGGCCAGGACAGACCACUCGGCUUCUACAUCCGCGACGGUACCUCUGUGCGUGUCACGCCGAAAGGAGUCGUCAAAAUGCCGGGCAUUUUCAUCUCGCGGAUGGUAGAAGGAGGGCUGGCGGAAAGCACCGGCUUAUUGGCCGUUAACGAUGAGGUGCUAGAAGUGAAUGGUAUCGAGGUGCAGGGCAAGACGCUGGACCAGGUCACCGACAUGAUGGUCGCCAACGCCCACAACCUCAUCAUCACCGUCAAGCCGGCCAAUCAGACCAACACGCUUCAGCGAAGCGGAUCUCGGGCCGGCCCCUCGGCCGCCAGCAGUCAAACCGGCGCCUCGUGGGCCCAAAACGAUGAGGACAGCGAAGAAGACGAGAUCAUCCACCACGGGGAU